UCUGCACCACUCAAACCCCCAGCAGCUCUCCCUUCAUUUCCCCCCUCCUCUCCUUCCCUCUGGACACCAGCUUCCCCGGCCAGCUGCCUCAAGAGCCACCAGGCUGCAGGAUGGCCGCAGUGAUGAAGGCUCUCGCCGUUGGCUCGCCGGUCUCGGCACGGGCACAGCCCCGUAAGUGCGUUGCAGGUGCCGCUAGCCAGCAGCAGAGCCUGCAGUCGUCCUUCAACGGCGUGUCCCUGCAGUGCCGGCGGUCGUCGCGGCCGCGGCCGUGCGGCACACCCCGGUCGUCGCCGGUGCAGGUGGUGAUGAUGGCAAAGCCGUCGAUCCAGUUCAUCCAGGGCACGGACGAGCAGACGAUCCCUGACGUGCGGCUGACCAAGUCCCGGGACGGCACCAACGGCGUGGCCAUCUUCACCUUCGAGCAGCCGUCGGUGUUCGACUCGUCGGCGGAGCUGGGUGACAUCACGGGGUUCUACAUGAUCGACGAGGAGGGCGUGCUGCAGUCGGUGGACGUCAGCGCCAAGUUCGUCAACGGGAAGCCGGCGCGGAUCGAGGCCAAGUACGUCAUGCGCACGCCCCGGGAGUGGGACCGCUUCAUGCGCUUCAUGGAGCGCUACUCCCAGGCCAACGGCCUCCAGUUCGUCAAGAACUGAGCGCUCUCUCAUGGCUGGACUUGGAGGUGGAGGUCGACGCCAUGGCAAUGCUCCCCGUUGCCUGCACUUGGCUUCGCUGCUCCCUUUUUUUCUCUCUUUCUCUGACACUGCCUUGAGUUUCUAUGAGUUUGAUUGGUUGGAUGCCAAGUUUUGCCAAACCAAAAUCAUAGCAAGCAAAAUAAUAGGCAUGCCAAAUUGUGAGCGUUGUCAAAGUAUGGUAAGAAAUUUAUGUACCUAUUUUGUUUAGUGCCAAAAUAUGACAACCAAUAUUUUUCCCUCUUGUAAGGUUUAAGAAGUUUUUAGUAA